UUAAAGCUAUAAAAUACACCCGCGCGAAAGCACAGUAAAGAGAAAUCAGAACACGCCAUUUUUUUGCAUUAAUCCAAGGGGCAGGCGCUGCGACCUGUCGAACUAUAAGUGGAAAUUAAUACGAUCGCUGAUACUGAGAAUCGAACGCGCUUUAAUCAGUGCGAUGCAGAAGAGGAAGAGGAUUUAAUUUGUAAGUUUCUGAGGGAUUCUUCGAAGAAAUCACAGACAGGGAGGAACCGACGCCAUUGUUUCUACUUUGAUUUUUGGAUUCCUGUUGCGGUUGGGAGUGACGACGACCGAGAGUGAGGGCUUUUUGGAGUUCUUAGUGUGUUUCUGUGUUGAAUCACGAGCGGGAGGGGGGAGACGAAGCGAUUGUGAUUCUCCAUCUGGUGAUUGAAGUUUGAUUGUGGUUGCGGUUGCGAGUGACUAGAGAGAGGGGGUAUUUGGAGUUCUUGGUGAGUUUUCUGUGAGAUUCUUUGACGGAAUCACGAUCAAGAGAUGGAGGCGAAGCGAUUGUGAUUCUCCAUCUGUUUCUUGAAGAUUGAUUGUUGUUUGCGAUUGCGAGUGACGGGACAGAGGGGUUUCUUUUGGAGUUUUUAUUGAGUUCCUGAGGCUUUUUCGACGGAAUCGCGAACGAGAGGGGGAGGCGAAGCGAUUGUGAUUCUCCAUCUCUCGAUUGAAGUUUGAUUGCUGUUUCCAUUGCGAGUGAGAAGAAGAGGAUGGGCGGUUGUCAUUCUGAUGUGAAAGGAGGAAGGCAGGCGGUGGGAGGAGGCCGGCGGAGCGCCGGUAACGUCGCGACGGACUGCAGUGGCGCUGGCCACAACGAUGCCGUUGAUUUCUUCUUCCGAUCCCAUGGUCUUCAGGGUUUGUUUACUCAAGUUGAGCUAUCUUUGUCAGCAUCAAACUUGUUGGAUUGUGACAUUACCUCAAAGAGUGAUCCAAUGGUGGUUGUGUACAUAAAAAAGAAUGGAGUACUACAAGAGAUAGGUAGGACUGAAGUAAUUUUGAAUAACCUAAAUCCACAGUGGAUAGAGAAAGUAUCAGUUGCAUUCCAUUUUGAGACUGUGCAGACAUUGGUAUUUCGUGUAUAUGAUGUUGAUACCAAAUAUUACAAUGUCCCUGUGAAGACCCUAAACUUGAGUGACCAAGAUUUUCUAGGAGAAGCUAGUUGUGUUCUUUCAGAGAUACUUACCAGACAGAGUCGAAGUUUAACUUUGCGUCUCCAAGAUGGGCGUGGAGGUCCAAGAAAUAAUUUAGGGUCUCUUACUGUUCGAGCAGAGGAAACAGUUGCAUCGAAAAGCGUCAUUGAUUUAGCACUCCGGUGUUCUCAGCUCAACAAUAAAGACUUGUUUUCUAAAAGCGAUCCUUUCUUGAGAAUAUCUAGAGUUGUUGAAAUUGGAGGCUCAAUUCCAAUCUGUAAAACUGAGGUGGUUAAGGACAAUCUUAAUCCUGUUUGGAGACCUUUAUGCCUGAGCAUGCAGAAGUUUGGAAGCAAGGAUAACCCCUUGGUCAUUGAGUGCUUUGAUUUCAAUAGCAAUGGCAGUCAUGUAUUAAUUGGUCAGCUCCAGAAAUCGACGGCUGAUCUUGAAAAGCUUUACCGACAAAAAAGUGGUGCAAAUUUUUUUAUUCCAUCCUCUUCUCGUGGUGGCUAUGAGAAGGUUCUAAAGGGUCAGCUAUUCGUAGAUCAUUUUCUUGAGAAAACGCAAUUCAGCUUUCUUGACUACAUUUCUAGUGGGUUUCAGCUUAACUUUAUGGUCGCUGUUGAUUUUACAGCUUCGAAUGGAAAUCCUCGCAGUCCCGACUCUUUACAUUACAUUGACCAUUCUGGGCGGUUGAAUAGUUACCAGCAGGCCAUAAUGGAAGUAGGGGAGGUGAUUCAGUUUUACGACUCUGAUCGUCGCUUUCCAGCUUGGGGAUUUGGGGCAAGAACGUCGGACGGCACCGUUUCGCAUUGUUUCAACUUGAGUCAAUCUCCAACUCAAUAUGAGGUGGAAGGAGUUGAAGGCAUCAUGGGUGCAUAUGCAAGUGCUCUUCGCCAUGUUUCUUUGGGUGGGCCCACUUUAUUCGGCCAAGUGAUUAACAAGGCUGCAGAAAUUGCUGCCCACUCCCUUUUUGCCAACAUAAAUAAGUAUUUUGUCCUGCUUAUCAUAACAGAUGGAGUCCUUACUGACCUUCAAGAAACAAAGGAUGCUUUAGUGAGGGCAUCUGAUCUUCCACUGUCAAUUCUUGUAGUGGGAGUGGGAGGGGCAGAUUUUAAACAAAUGGAGGUUCUUGAUGCGGAUAACGGACAACGAUUGGAGAGUUCUACGGGUCGCAUAGCAACAAGAGACAUCGUACAGUUUGUUUCAAUGCGAGAAGUGCACAGUGGGCAGAUAUCUUUAGUACAAGCACUUUUGGAGGAGCUGCCUGAACAGUUUUUGAGUUAUAUGCGCAAUAGAGAUAUCACUCCCAUCACCCCUUUGCAUUUAGGCUAAACCAUAUACUUUUUAGGGUUUUUUUUUUCUUUUUCUUUUUUGGUAUUUUCUCCACACAGUGGUUUCUGUGAAAAAUCAAUGCUGAAAUAUUGCAUUACUGCGACAAGCAACAAUAGUUUCGACUGAAUAAAGGUUUAAAUA